AUGCCUAGCAGUCCUGUUGGCGCACCAAUGGGUUAUUCAAUAUGGGGAUAUUUAGAACAACUUAACAGAACACAUAUUAAUUCUCUUGGUAUUGGUAUUGAACGACUAGAAUCUUUAGCAAAAGAUAUAAUCUUCACUAACACUCUCAAUUUUGUAUCCAAUGAUACUGAUAACAUUUGUUCAAUUAAUGAUUCAAUACUUGAUCGAUUUUGUAGUGAUAUAUUAUCACAAAUUCAUUACAAUGUUCAAUAUUUUAUUUUUGAAUCAAUGAUCAUGGAACGUAUUCUACUUGUUACUAAUUAUCCUAAUCUAAAUAAACUCAAAAUCUUCAAAUUCAAUCAAGAUAUUGCUUUACGUUAUUUUACAGAUGAAACACCUUUUCGAAAUAUUUUCAAACAACAAAUUAUAGAUCUUACGCUUAUAAUUGAUGAAAAAAAUGAUCUUACAGAAACAAUUGAUUACACAACAAAUCAUUUUAGUAUUUUUCAACCAUCUACUAAGAUGUCUACAAGUUUAUCACUUCAAGAUUUACCAUCGACUACUUUUUCUUCUUCAACUCUAAUCAAAUUAUGUAUUAAUGUACUUAAUAUUGAUGAUUGUCUUUCUCUACUUAAUGGUCGUCUCGAACAACUUUCUAUUUUGAUUGUUACUAUUGAUAAUAAUGCUUUACUUAAUUUGAAAUGUUUCUCAUUGACAAUUUACGAUUUAUCUUACGGAUACGACACUCAAAUUGUACCACUUGUUCGUCGUAUGCGUAAUCUCGAAGAAUUAACUUUAUAUCUUUGUAUAAAAAAUCGAACUAGAUUUGUUGAUGGUACUCAACUUCAUAAUGAUAUUCUUAUUUAUAUGGAAUGUACUAAGAAUAAAAAACCAGUAAUUCGUACAUUAACUGGAACAAAAAUUAUAUUAUCUCAACGUGUCAAUGGCCUAACAAAUGAUAACAAUGAUGAUAAACGAUCUCGUUCACCUUCACCAUCAUCUCUAACAAAUUCUAAGCGUAUUUCUUCAACAUUUAAACCGUCCAUGAUUUCAUCACCAAAUAUACUUUCUGAUCGAACUAAUCAAAUAAUUAUUAACAAUGAUAAUCAAUUAUUAUCCAAAGGUAUUAAAAGAAAAUUAAAUACAAAUCGUUAUAUGACACUUGAUUUUGAAAAUGAUACAGACGAUUUUUUCUAA